AGGGCGUGCCUCAAAGAGGCCAUGAGGGUACUGCCGGUGGUCAAUGGCAGUGUGAGGCUGUCGACUAAAGAAUACAAUCUGCUGGGAUACAGGAUACCGAAAGACAUUCUCAUAGGGUUCUCCCACCAGUACAUGUCGAUCAUGGCGGCCCACUACCCGCGGCCCGACGAGUACAUCCCGGAGAGAUGGCUGGCUGAGAAGGGUGAUCACUUGUAUUAUGGCAAACCAAAUCCGUUUGUCAUGGCUCCGUUUGGCUUUGGAGUUAGAAGUUGUAUAGGUCGCCGUAUUGUAGAGCUGGAACUGGAAAUGAUAGUGUGCAAAAUGGUAGAGAAUUUCAAGAUAGAGUGGACAAGCAGUGAACCCAUAUGAAUAGCCCCCACUUCAUUCAAUUAUAUCACGGAGCCUUUCCACUUUGCUUUCAAAGAUUUAUAAAUGGUAAAGAUUAUUUGUGACGGACACAAUU